AUGGAUAACACCAGAUUAAAGCGAGAUUAGUUUCGUUUAAUGCUACGCGAAUAGUAACGUUUAAAUUAGUUUUAAGAAAAUAGAAAAAGGUUCUUCUAGAUCUUCAUGGAAGAAUAAUAAGUUAAUGAAUUAAAAUUGAAAGUCAAAGUGGCAAUUCAAUAGUUGAAUGAUAAUUUAAAUGAUUUUGAUUUUGAUACUCCAAGAUGUGAAUUAAGAGCUUUGACAAAUCAAAUAAUGUAAAUUGUACCAGAAAUGAAAAAAUGUAUUGAAAAUUUAGCCAAACCUGACUUGGAAGGAUUAGGAAAUAAGUUUUGGAAUUUAUAUUGUUUUAUGACAUUUAACAAAGAUAAUCCAUGUUUUGUAGAAAUGUUAGAGUUACUCACUUUAUGUUGUCAAAAAAGCAUGGUAUUUUGUGAUACAUACUGUAAAUCUACUUUAUAUAGUAAUCUUUAAACAAAUGUUACUCAAUUGUCUGUAUAAUAUUAAUUAGAGUUUCUUAAAUAAACAAUUUAGAUUUAAUCUCAUUAGGAACACAUAUUAUAAUAUGAUAAAAUAUGUGAUAUAAUAAAAUAAAUGAUAAUUUAAAUUCAAGAGCAAAAAAGACUUGAUUAUGAAAUAAAAUAAGUUAUUUAAACAAUCAUAGAAAUAUUUUUAACUGUAAAAAUAGAACAAAUUUCUAAAGUUGCCUUAUAAUAACAAUUAAAUAGAUAUUUUUUAACUGUAUUUAUAUCUCUACCAUGUUUGGAUGAAAUUCUUAUAGGGGAUGAAUUACUAAAUUAUAUUGAUUAUUUAAACAGAAAUAAAACUUUAUUUAAUGUUUCUACAAUAGAACUAAUUAAUUAGUUAUCAUUUAAUUCAUAAUUAAACUCAUAUCCAGAUGAAAAAUCUAUGGCAAUAGCAAUAAUAGGAGUCUUAAUGUCAGGCAAUUUAACUUAAUCAAAAUAUUACUUUGAUAAAUUUAGUAGCGAAAGUUUGUCAUUAGAUUAAAAAUUACUCUAAAACUUAAAAUUCUAACCUUAAGUUAGAAGAAUGACAAUUUUUGCAUUUUCAAAUAUUUUUGGAGAAACUUCAUAUGAGAGAGUUGACUAUUUUUAAAAUGGUACUGUUAUUUAAUUCUUAUAAUAUGCAAGACAAGAAAAUGAAAUUGAAAUAAUAUAUGAAAUUUUAUAGGCUUUGAGAAAUUUAAUUUAUCAUGCACAAAAUAAUUAUUUACAUAUAUUGUUAUAAUAAGAUGUAAUUUCCAUAAUUGUAGAUAAUGAUGAUUAUGUAUUGAAUGAAUAAUAAGUUGAAUGUAAAAUUAUAAUUUUAUUAUAGGUUUGCUUAUGUUAAUUUAUAGAUUUGAUGGAUAUGAUUAAUAAGCCUUAUAGAAUUUAAUAGAAUUUCCUAAUUUUAUACAAUAUUUAUGUUACAAAGGAGUAACUAAUUUUGUUAGAAAAAUUUUUAAUAAUUCAAAAUUUGGAAAAGUUAUGGAAAAAUAGUAAGAUUAUAGAAGACACAAUGGAUAAAAAGAUGAAUAUUAAAGUAACCUUCUUAAAUUAUGUGAAAUUUUGUGUUGA